GUCUGCAAUCAACCCUUAAAACUUUCUUUAAUUUGUUGCUCUCACCCAGGAUAAGAUAAUAAAAGUUGUCGAAAUAUUGAAGACCACCAGUAGUGCAUCUUCUUUUUCCCUUUCUUUUCCUAUUUCCUCUGCUUUACUGAACUUUCUUUCAUUUCUUCCCCUGUUUUUUAAAGCUCAUAUAUCACAUUCUUGCCGACAGCCCUCAACUUUGCUUGGCAUUAUUUAGUUCAAUCACUCGAGCCAGCGAUUCGCCGUGACGGCCGUGCCGGCGGGUGAUCGAGGAUGUACGUGACGAGGCCGCUCUCGCUGUUCAGAAAACACCCGAGCACUCUGUCCAUGGAUCCGCCGGAAGGUCCGUACACAGGGUAUUUAGUGGUGACCGACGAGGAAGCAGAAGCUCAGGACAGCUCCUGCUGGGGAAUUUGCAAGGACAGGAGGAUCAAGAAGCUGCCUCUCCCUCAGGACAGAGUCAUCAGCUUGCUCCACAUCUCCGAUUACGGCGAGGAGAUCGACCUGGUGAAGAAGCUCUGGUUCCUUCCUGUUCUUGAUCGGCCACUUUCUUCCAACUGCUACUACGUUAUCAAAGCCAACGGCCGCUCCCGCAAAGGGCAAGCUUACAGAAGCUCGAGGGAGAGCGACAUGGGUAUAUGCUGCUUCGAAGGAGUGAUCAGAGACAAGAAACCGAAACCCUUCGACUACACCAACAUAUACACUCAAUUCACCAUCCACCGCCAUCACAAGCACAGCUUCACCGCCAAAUCGCUCGCCAUCGACGGCCUCCCGCCGCAGUUCCUUCGGAAAAAGGGAUGGAAGCUCAGAGCAUCCAGAGCCCACAAGAAACUACACCUCACCGAAGCGUCAGGGCUCGACAAAUCCCUCAGAUCACACCUCCCGAGCCUCCUCGACUUCCCGAUCCACAAAACCACUUCGCCUCCCGUCGCCGUGGGGAAAUGGUACUGCCCCUUCGUGUUCGUAAGGGAAGAUCGAGCCACAAUCAAAGAGCAAUUCAAGUUUUCCAGGGUGUACAGAGUGACCCUGGAGAGGUACUGGCAGGAGAUAUUCUCCUGUAACAACGAUACGACAAAUCGCGGUUUUGACUGCACUGCGCGUGACGGUGUGGAAGAAGAAGGGAGGAGUGUGGUGGCAGUGGUGAAGUUUAGAGUGGCGAUCGGGAGGAGGGCGGAUUCGGUGUACGGGAGGGAGGCUACGGCGGCUGCCGCGGCGGUGGCGGGGGAUGAUGGUGGUGAUGGGAGGAUGGUUUGGUUCAGAAGCAGGGGAAUGAGAAACAGGGGAGAUGCAGGGAGGUGUCGUGUGGGGUUGAACAUGGCGGUGGUGAAGAAGAUGGAGUGGGUGAUGGAGGAAGGAGGGUGGAUUGGUGGAGGAAGGGAUCGGGUGGUGAGGGUGGAGAAGGAAGUGGAGAUUGGGGAGAGUGAUGGGUGGAGGAGAUUCUGUUGCUAUGUGCUGGUGGAGAGCUUUGUGUUGAGGAGGAUGGAUGGGACUCUGUCAACUUCCAAAGGUUCGGUUCUACCUACUUCCACCAGGAAAAUCUACUCAGUACUCACAGUACCAGAAAAGCUUUUAAUGGCGGCUUCUCCAUUCCCUGCGAACUCACCGCUUCACUUCUCCACACCGUCCACCGCCGACGUCAGAAAAGCUCACAAUCACCGGCGGCUUGGCUCCGGUCGUGUUACCCAGAAGAGAAACAAUGUCGCUUGCAGAGUGGAGAUUCCUCGUCGAUGGUACAACCUUGUCGCGGAUCUUCCCAUUAAACCCCCGCCGCCAUUGCAUCCCAAAACUUUCGAACCCAUCAGCCCUCAAGAUUUGUCGCCGCUCUUCCCCGAUGAAUUGAUCAAGCAGGAAGCUUCCACCGACAAGUUCAUCGACAUCCCAGAAGAUGUCGUCGACAUUUACCGCCUCUGGCGGCCGACUCCUUUGAUCAGAGCAAAGAGAUUGGAGAAGCUUUUGGACACGCCUGCAAAGAUUUACUACAAAUAUGAAGGUGGCAGCCCAGCUGGUUCCCACAAACCGAACACUGCGAUUCCUCAAGUUUACUACAAUGCGAAACAAGGAGUGAAGAAGGUUGUGACGGAGACUGGUGCUGGCCAGUGGGGAAGCUCCCUCGCCUUUGCUUGCAGCCUCUUUGGUCUCGAUUGUGAGGUAUGAUGAGAUUCUUCGCAAUUCAUUGUGUCAGUCAAAAUCGCGCUUUAAAACCUUAGGUUAUCAAAACGCUUCUAUAUUGAGUCGUGUUUGUCACUUACAAUUGUAGUGAAAAUCUACGCUUUAAAGUUUAAAAGCUUACAUUUUUACGCUACUAGGUCAUCAGAACGCUUCAGUAAUCUCGUGUUAGUUUGAUCUCCUUUGUUGCAGGUGUGGCAGGUGCGGGCUUCCUAUGACCAGAAGCCAUACCGCAGGCUGAUGAUGGAGACAUGGGGAGCAAAAGUGCACCCUUCUCCAUCAACUGCAACAGCCUGUGGGAGGAGUGUUCUCGACAUGGAUCCCACGAGCCCAGGAAGUUUAGGAAUAGCAAUCUCAGAAGCUGUGGAAGUUGCAGCAGCAGAUCCAGGGACCAAAUACUGCCUGGGGAGUGUGCUGAAUCAUGUUCUCUUGCACCAGACUGUGAUAGGAGAGGAAUGCCUGAAGCAGAUGGAAGCGAUUGGCGAGACGCCUGAUGUGAUCAUAGGGUGUACAGGUGGAGGGUCUAAUUUUGCAGGCCUGAGUUUCCCCUUCAUCAGGGAGAAGCUGGAAGGGAAGAUGAACCCUGUGAUACGAGCAGUCGAGCCUGCAGCGUGUCCUUCGUUGACGAAAGGGGUUUAUGCUUACGACUAUGGCGACACGGCUGGGAUGACUCCGUUGAUGAAGAUGCAUACUCUGGGGCAUGACUUCAUUCCUGAUCCCAUUCAUGCUGGUGGGUUGAGGUACCAUGGCAUGGGACCUCUGAUAUCUCAUGUAUAUGAACUUGGGUUCAUGGAAGCAAUCUCCAUCCCUCAAAUCGAGUGCUUCAGAGGUGCCAUACAAUUUGCUAGAAGUGAAGGGCUGAUACCUGCGCCAGAACCAAGUCAUGCAAUCGCAGCCACCAUUAGAGAAGCUCUCCGUUGUAAGGAGUCUGGAGAAGCAAAGGUCAUUCUCAUGGCAAUGUGUGGACAUGGCCAUUUUGAUCUGACAGCAUAUGAGAAGUACUUGAAAGGAAGUAUGGCUGAUCUGUCGUUUGACGAGGAGAGAAUACAAGCAUCACUGGCUAAAAUACCUAAAGUUGCGGCAUGAAAGCAACAACCGUAACUUCUACCAAGUACUAAAUCGACCUCUUAAGAUUGAUCUCUUGGUGCAUCCAAGUUUUGUCUAAUACAGGCCUCUGAGAAAACAGCUAGAAACCCAAACAAAUUAUCUGAAUAGCAAUAAGCAUGUCGGAAUUUGCUUGUUCGAGUGUUAUUUUCCCUUUUAUUCAGUCCAGGAGCAUGGUCAUAGACAUUCAACAGUAGUACAAUUCAGCUUCGACGGAUUCCAGUUUGAACGAAAAUUACUUGCGAAAUGAGAUGGAAACAGCGAAAUUGUUCGAAAAGUCACCAUGAAGGGCCCAAAACUUUCUAUGUACAUUGAUCAUGUCAAAUGGUUUCGGCUUUGCUAUCUCUUCAGAUAAAUCCGUCGGAGAAGAUGUUCAGCUUCUGAAAUCCUCCCCAAGGGCUAACUUAUGAGUUUAGUGUAAGAAAUGACUUAAUGAUGCCCAUCAUUUCUCCACCUGGAAAUCGACCAAGACACCCCCUUGCUGCUGCUAUCUCACUGUAUUCGCAAACAGAAUCACCUUGAAAAGCCUUGAGCUGUUGUUCUCCAGAUCUCUCGUUGUGCAAGUCCUUACUAUACUCUUCACCGUGAUCUUUGACGAUUGGAAGAGGAAAUGAGUCGAGAGACGUUUCCAAAACCACGGAUUCCCCGCCCCUAGCACCCACAAAGUCUUUCAACUUGCAGAUUGCAAAUGGAACUGGUUCAAAGCUAUGAUCACCGUAUUCAACUGGGGUUGAGUGAUCUCCCGUGACACAAAGGUAAUAUUGAAAGUCUCCAGUGCAUUCUGCUUGCCAGAGGAGCUUGGCCAGCUGCCCUAUUGCUUUAUCCACAGCUUCCAAUCCCUUCACUUUGAAAAUGCUCGCUUUAUCAUGUCCUGCAUCAUCUAUUGCCUGAACGUGGAGAAACCCGAAAUCGUACCCAUCUGAUCGCCCUGGUUUGUGUUCAUCCUCUCCUGGUACAAAUACAUUGGGAGUUGAACUAGAAGGAGCACUAAGUGCCUUGGCUAUAGCAGUUGCUUUCGAAGUCAACAGUGUUCUAUAGUCUCCUGUUGCCCCAGGAGCUUCCAGAAUAUCAAUAUCCAAUGACAUGCCCAAGCCAGCUAUAAUUUUAGUUGGAGCCACCAUGCACGGCCAUAAUCCAUGCUUCUUUUCAAAUGAAGGAACCUGAAUUCGGAUACCACAUCCUCGUAAAAGGACAAGGUUGGCGAUGUUCUUCCCUUCUGCAGCUCUUUUGGAAUUCAGUGGGUGAGAAACUAAGAUUUUCGAGAUCUCCCUAGAUAAUUCAUUAACAACAGCAGCUGUAUGUUUCGCCUCAUCAGUAUCGUCUAAAGCUUCAGCCUUCAGAAGGGGACGGUUGUCCUUAAGUGGGUCAGUUCCGGAUAUGUUUCCACUCAACUUUGGCCCUUUGACAACAACUCCACAUCUAUGUUCUGUGGCAUACCUAACCCUAACCUCAUACUCGGGGAAAGAUGGCAACUUCAUGCCAUCCAAUGCUUCACAUAGGAUCGGGCCUUCUUCUUCAAAAUGCCUGUCAGCUCUUCUACUGGUAACUAUUCCAGUUUUCUCAUCCAAUGUUGCAAAGUUUGACUUAAACGCAAUAUCACCAGGUGACAUCGCCAAUCCAGCACCCAUAGACUCGAAUGCGCCUCUACCCCUGUAGUACACUCGAGGAUCAUAACCCAGUAAAGAAAGGUGUGCAGUGUCACUCCCGCAACCAAGACCGACUUCAACAGGGUCCAUCAGACCAUUUAUUCCAGCCGAUGCAAUAGCAUCCAGGUUGGGAACACAGGCUGCUUCCAGAGGAGUCUUGUAACCCAACCUUGGCAAUGAAACGUCACCUAUUCCAUCAAUCAGCACAAAUGCAACUCUCCUCUUUGGACUACCCAUGACUCCAAUGACAGUAUCUUCCACUACCUUCUACUGAAGUUACACAGUUCAGUUGCCCUGAAAAGAAAUCUGGAAGAAGAACUGGGAAGCGGCUUAUGCACGAGAUGGCAUCUGAUUGCUCAUCAAAAUUUAAGAGACCAAAGGAAAAGGAAUCAACAAAAGAGCUCGAUGCCCAUCCAUUCCGCUGCCUUUAGCAUUGAAGUUAGUAAAGAGAAAAUUCGAUUUCCCAAAAGCCCAUGCGACUUGCCCAAAGACGGAAGGAAGAAAAUGCGGUGGAAAACCUGCCAUGCAUUAAGGUUCUACUUGUCUACCACGUAGUGGGCAGGGCAGGGCAGGGCAGGGCAGGGACGGGACGCCAUUAAAACAAGAACGGGAAAGUUACCCUUUUCGGAUUCCAAUCGAUCUCUGCAAGCAAUUCCGAUUUUUUCCCCUUCUCUUCUAAAAUUUUCUUACUUGUCGUGUUUAGCGCCAUUGAUUCUCGCGGCAUCACAGAGCUAAAUUGAAGAUGAAGACAAUGGCGGCUCGCCUUGUCCACUCCUCAAGCUCCUCCUUCCCUAAAUUGCUACCCACAGCAGCGAACAGGAGAUUACUGUCUACGACUUCUGAGAAAGUUGAAGGAUCCAGCGCCCAAAUCAAGGAACCAGGAGAUCAGCAAAAACUUCUUGUGCUCGGAGGAAAUGGGUUCGUUGGUUCACAUAUGUGCCAAGAAGCUCUGGCUCAGGGUCUGAGUGUCUCUAGCCUUAGUAGGUCUGGUAGAGCAUCUCUUCCUGAUUCUUGGGCUGAAAGUAUAGUGUGGCAUCAAGGAGACUUGCUUUCACCUGAUUCACUGAAGAAUGUGUUCAAUGGAGUGACUUCUGUGAUCUCCUGUGUCGGAGGUUUUGGAUCAAAUGCUCACAUGUAUGACAUCAAUGGAUCUGCAAAUAUGCAUGCUAUUACAGCAGCUGCAGAACAAGGUGUGAAAAGAUUUGUGUACAUCUCUGCCGCUGACUUUGGCUUGAUCAAUAAGUUACUUAGAGGAUAUUAUGAUGGGAAGAGGUCAACUGAGAAAGAGCUGAUGAAGACAUUCCCACAAAGUGGAGUAAUUUUGAGGCCAGGUUUCAUCCAUGGUGUUCGUAGGGUUGGGAGCCGGAACCUGAAUUUGAGUAUAAUCGGUGCUCCUCUAGAGAAGGCACUUCAACAUGCAAAGAUCCUGACCAAGAUCCCACUCGUCGGGCCUCUUUUUAUCCCACCUGUCAGUGUCGCGUCGGUGGCAAAAGUUGCUGUGAGAGCAGCAACUGAUUCGGACUUCCCUUCAGGAAUUCUUGAUGUAUAUGACAUUCGGGAGAAGAGCCUGGAAAAGUUGGAAUGAAGGGUGGGAGCACUGAAAGCAUUAGAAGUUCCCUUCCCUUCUCUUUUUGUUCAUUCCCAUCUCGAAGACUCGUCCUUUAUCUCUAUGUUGCAGAAUGGCAAUGGCUGCUUCCUCUGCUGAAGAAUUUGUAGGUAGGAUGAAAUUUCUUGAUUAAUUGAACGAGUUCCGUAGAAAGCUGCUCACUGGAAGAUUCAUCAUCAUUUGAAUACCCGGGGAUGCCAGAGAGUUGUUCUUUUCUUCUAUUGCACAUUGGUCUGCAAGAGCCUAGGUUCGUUAUGCCUGCAACUAGAUGGCUUAGUUAGUACCAAAGUACUCGACUGCGAGACUUUGUAUAAAUAACCCAUCAAUGUUUGAUCUAGGAUGCUGGAUUUCUUAAUUGAUCGACUGUGUGAAGUAGAUGUACUUGAAAACAGAUUGGAAGAAUGAACACAAUACUAUAAAGUGAACUGAUGGAUUCUAUAAUCAGUGUUUCUGAAACUAUACUUGUUCAAUAAAAAAACUGCCUACCGGAG